UCCUCUUCUUCAGGUCGAACAUGGUCAAGGUGUCUCAACUCGUUGUGGCGACCCCAAGUUCUGUCAAUGUGGAUGGCGGAAAAGUGAUAAAGACCGUCAGACAAAGAGAAGAAGGGGGGCGGGGAGACAGAGGAUGCCAGUGACCGCUACCAAAGAUGUCAGCCAGGCCGGGAUUCUACCGACAGGAGCUGAAUAAGACGGUGUGGGAGGUGCCGGAGAGAUACCAGAACCUGACGCCGGUUGGCUCCGGAGCGUACGGUUCGGUGUGUUCUGCCUACGACGUGAUCCUGCGACAGAAGGUGGCGGUGAAGAAACUGUCGCGGCCCUUCCAGUCGCUGGUCCACAGUCGCCGCUCGUAUCGAGAACUCCGGCUCCUCAAGCACAUGAAACAUGAGAAUGUAAUCGGCCUGCUGGAUGUCUUCACACCUGCUGCAGCGUUGGAAGACUUCAAUGAACUCUAUCUGGUGACCAACCUGAUGGGUGCGGACCUGAAUAACAUUGUCAAAUUCCAGAGGUUGUCCGAUGAGCACGUGCAGUUCUUGAUUUACCAGCUCCUGCGUGGUCUAAAGUACAUCCAUUCAGCCGGAUUGAUUCACAGAGAUCUCAAGCCAAGUAACGUGGCCGUGAAUGAGGACUGUGAGCUGAGGGUAAGUGCGUACGCUCGCGUUUUGGCGUCCUCACCUUUUGUUCGAACGCCUGCGUGCAACUGCCCGUCCCGACAGAUCCUCGACUUUGGCUUGGCCCGCCAAACGGACGACGAGAUGACAGGGUACGUGGCGACUCGUUGGUAUCGGGCGCCGGAAAUCAUGCUGAACUGGAUGCACUACAAUCAAAACGUUGAUAUUUGGUCAGUGGGAUGCAUUAUGGGAGAGCUGCUGAAAGGAAAAGUCCUGUUUCCCGGCACUGACUAUAUCGACCAACUGAAGAGAAUCAUGGAGAUGGUCGGGACGCCGACCGCUGACCUCUUGGAGAAGAUCUGCUCUGAGCAUGCACAAAAAUACAUCCAGUCUCUGCCUUUUAUGCCUCAGCAAGACCUGGAGAAGAUCUUCCGGGGAGCAAAUCCACUAGCCGUCGAUCUGCUGAAGCGUAUGCUCGUCCUGGACUGCGACGGGAGGAUCUCGGCCAGCGAGGCUCUGGCCCAUCCGUAUUUCUCGCAGUACCACGACCCGGAUGACGAACCCGAGGCGCCGCCUUAUGACCAAACCCUAGAAAGUAAAGACCGCACUCUCGAAGAAUGGAAAGAGUUGGUGUUUACAGAGGUGAACGGCUUCAAAGCGUCCGUCAGCAAGACUGGCAGCCUCCAGGUGGAACAGUGAGCCUCCGUUCCUUCAAAAACAGACUCAAGGAAGGCGGCACAAUGACUAUUACAGGGAAGAUUUCAUGUCCGAUGCGAAAGUUGCUUCCUGUUAUGAUUCCUCCUUUUUAAAUUUUUUUUUUUCCUCCUGCGAGACUGAAAGAGGAACAACGCAGCUCCCGACGGGUGUUUCAUAAACGAAAGCAACUUUACAGAAGUGUUUACAGACCCCACGAGCGGGGCAUGGAACGUGAAAGGACAUAGGGCACGCUAGGAUUUCCAAAACGAGAACACAAGCGCCAUCUGGUUCCUCAUUAUUGCAACGACAAAAAAAAAAAAAAAACCCAGAGACUUUUUCAUGUCAUCUUUAAAGGCUUUGCCAGACAGCAGCUUUGCAUCAAGCCCGCAUACUGCAUGAGUGUACCUUACCCGCUUAUUAAUGGUGAACCUAUCAUACAUCAAGAGCACACAUUCAGCAUCGCCGAAGGAGGGUAAUCGUAUCCCGAUCAGUUCCCCCCCCAUGAGUACGAAUAUCAUCAUCUGCAGUUUACAGAGAAGUAAACACCAACUGUGCUUUGAAUCAACAAUGUGUUGUAUACAGUAUAUGCCAAAAGGUCUGUUUACGGAGAAAUAUCCACCAAGUCCUAUUAUCCUUGCGCUAAUUUACUUGACGAGAAUCAUGUUUUACUGAAAUUGUAUGUACGUCAUGUCACAGUUGAACAGUGUCUUCAGGAUCGUCGGUGGCAUGCGAUACAAUGCGGAGGAGCCAUGAAGUUGUCAUUUUUUACAUGCCGCAACCGCAGGUAGCACGUAAUGUCCUCUUAUCAUUAAACUUUUUUUUUUUUAGGUAUUUGUUUUGCCAUUCUGCAUUUCUGUUCUAAUGAACAUUUUGUACGGCCAAAGGUAUGUUUUGAUUGUCAGUCAAUUUUUAGGACACCAUCUUGAAUGAAGGCUGUUAUGUUGUAA